UCCUUUAUUAUUUCGGUUCCUUUGCUUGCUUCCAAAAUCCUCGCUCUCUAGUGAUACUGCACUUCCUUCCUCUCUCUAAAAAUUUCAAAAUUGUUUAUUAAUUAUAAAAAAUAUGCAUUUAAUUUUCCCUCCAAAACCCCGGUAUUUAUACUCCAAAAUUUGUAAUUUUAGCUCACCAAGUUUCUCAAACGUUUCUUCGCUUCAAUUUAUAGUUCAGGCCUCUCGUCCUCAUCUGAGACCACGUUAUUUGAUGAAAAAAAUUUGGGCUCGGUCAGAAUUUGAUGCCAAAGUGAAUGGAGCUCUAUCCACUGAUUUUGACCCUCGGUUUCUUGACAGGCAAAAAGCACUUGAAGCUGCUAUGAAUGACAUGAAUAACUCAUUUGGGAAAGGGAGCGUUACAAGAUUGGGAAGUGCUGGUGGAGCUCUAGUUGAAACUUUUCAAAGUGGCUGCUUAACAUUAGACUUUGCUUUAGGCGGUGGCCUUCCAAAAGGAAGGAUUGUUGAGGAGAAACUGGAGAAGAAGCAGAAAUUCAGGGGAAAGAGGAAGGAGAUGUCACAACCAAUCUCAAUUCAUCAUAAUUAUCCAACUAAUGAAAUUAUAUAAGAAAUUAGGUUUAAAUGGUAAAGAUAAAACCCAUAAAACCCAAACUAGAAUUGGUUUGGGUCGAUACAAGCCCAAUUACAUAAAUAAGAAUCCAAAAUAAAAAUAAAGUCCAUCAACAAAAUAAAGUUUAACUAGAAAUAGAAAUAGAUGAUGUACUCGUCAACUCUCCCAGGGUGAGAGAAAACUCAACCCUGUUGAGUUGAUAGAAUACUAUAGGCUGCAGUCAAUCUAAUACUCCAAAUGCUUCAAGUCAUGUCAUGGAGGACGAUCUUUUUGACGAACUAAGUAUUGAAACUCCAAAAAUAGUUUGAUCCAUAUUAGUUGGCACCUCACUUUUGGAAUCCAUGUAUAGUUUAAAUCAGGUGGAACAACCCAACAAACAAGGAAGGACUGAACUUGCCAUCAUUGGUUAAUACAAUACGUUCAUCUAAAAUAACAUCAAUUUUAUUUUUGUGUGCUGUGACAGAUGGUAUUGAAAUAGAAAUAUCAACAUAGUCAAGUUGGGGGUCCACAAAGCUAAGUAGAAAUGGAUCAUCAAAGGAAGUAAAAUGGUAUUCGUAAGUAAUGAAAUCCUCAAUAUUUAGAGUAGAGUGGUAGCUAAAAUGUGAUGAAAUAUCAUUGACAUGGAUUUGGAUCAGCAUGCUUUAAAAUUUUAAAAAGACCUGCAUUACAGACUUGCAAUAUAACAAAAUCCCCUAUAUUAAAUUCAUAAUUUCUCUUAUGCAAAUCAGCUUGAAAUUUAUAUAAUGCAUUAUUUGCUUCAAAUUAUUUAUUGAUCUCAAUAUGCAAGUCAUGAAGAUUACGUACAAAUGCCUCAACUGACAUAACUAUACUAGUAUGUGGGAACAUUGGAAUAAGGUCUAAAGGUUUCCUAGACUUAUAACUAUGAAUAACUUCGAUGGAACUCAUACCUAUAAAUUGAUUCACAAAAUUGUUAAAUGCAAUUGGAAUUGUUGGGAUGAUCAAAUCCCAAUUUUCAAGAUUUUCCUUGAAAAGAACAUGAUUAUACAAAUCAUCCGUACCUUUGGGUUGGAUAAGAGCAUGGUACACAACAUUUGACUAAAAGGUAUCGAGAACAAGGGGUACAACCCGUAGAUUUAUAGGAAAAGUCCGGAUACUACAUAAGGAAGUGCCCUCAAUAUCAUUCAAGUCAUAACAUUCUUCAAGUUUAGGUUCAUAGAUUUGAUCUUCUAAUUGAUCAUCUAUUACAUCAUUUUGUUUCUCAAUGAUUAGCGUUCGACUCGGACAUUUGGGAGAAGUGUGACCAAAGUCUUUAUAGCUGAAGCACCGCAAGUGAGAGAAAUCAUUGGAGUUUCAAAAUCUUGACCAUUAUUUUCCAACAAAGGAAGAGUAUUAGAUGGUGGAGGUCCUAGAAGGGACUUAACAGGAGGAGGUGGUGUUGAUUUGGGAGGAACAUUAGACAGGGAAGGCUCCAUGGUAGACUUAUGAUGAGGUGGCGCUGAUGAGAUGAGUGAACGAUGGUAACUAUGCUUUUCAUAUGGAAUAUUAAUAAGUAACUCGUAGUCCCGAACUAAAGAGUAAGCGUAAUCAAGAGUACUAACACUUCGAAAGAAAAGCUCACGCCUAAGUUCAUCUCUUAAACUUUGUAUAAACCUACUCAAAGUCAGGGUUUCAUCCUCAACGACAUGACAUUUCAUUUGAAACUCCUCAAAUUGAGCAUUAUACUCAGUCACUAAUUGAUUUCCUUGUGUAAGGGUGUUUUAAUGGGUAAAAGUUUCAUGAUCUAAGCAACCAUCGAAAGUAGGAGUAUAUAAGUCAAUGUCUCUAAAAAAAUGUUCCUUAUGACGAGGAAGAGAAUGAGUACCAUGACGACCAUGGCCUCGUUCUCGCUCACGAAUUUGAUCUCUAUCCUUACGAUCGUGUUGAAAGUGUUUUUGAUCACAUUGUUAAUGAUAAUAUUGUCUAUUGUGGGACACUUCAAAAUUAUUAACAUCAGUCGAACGAGGGAUUUGUCGAAAAUUGUUCAAAUGAGAAGCUAGAUUUCUACUCUUUUCACGAGUAGCAGCCAUCUCGGUUUGGACAGCUGCUAAUUAAGUUUGUAAGUGUUACUGGCUAGUGGCAAGUUGAGUUAAUUGUCUAGUGAGUGCAUCAAAUUGGGAAGGGUCUAUAUUUAAGUACUAAAACUAGAAGUGACAAGACGACUAGUCGACCACUAUGAAUGCACUAUAUUAGCAGUUAAAUGACAUGCAAUAGAGAGAUCAAUGACAAUAAGUGCAAGCAAUGAAAAAAAACAACUUGAGCCAUUUUUUUUAAUUUUAAGUUUUGGGAUUAAAUAAAUCCAAAGUAAGCUAAUACUGUUGGUACAUGUAAAAUAACAAAGCAAUGGUCAAAGUUCAAACACUAGUCAAAUUCUCCAAUCCGUUGAUAAGUGGGGACAAUGAAAAGUUAAUUCAUUCAAUAAUUUCGAUCAAGUGGGUUUUAAGGCUAAAAUUUUAAAGGUAACAGCAACACAAAGAAUUAAAUGACGCAAUUUUAAAAUGAACAAUAGGAUAGACUAACAAUAAAUAGAGAUCAAUGACUCCUUGUUGUUUAGUUGCCUGAAUAGUACUUGCGUGGGCCCAGGUAUGCUUGCCUCCUUUCCUUCACACGUCAUCAGCUCCUGUUAAUUGUAAUUUAUGCAGGUUCUGGUGUAUAUUGCUAAGAAACAGUUGCUGGCUAUAAUAUCUCCCUGUUGAUUGUAAUGUAUGCUGGCUAGGACUCCGAUUCUGGUGCAUAUGCUGCUAAGGAUUGCUGGUGGUUUGUGUGGCCAUCACGUAAUACCAUGUUUGGCUUUGGGCGGUGGAGCCAAAAAUUGGUACAAUUGAUAGAUAGUUGACGACCGAUCAGGUGGUGGAUGGCAAUUGGCGUGGUGAGUGGCAACUGGCGUGGCAGUGGGUGGCGGGAAGACUAGUGACGGCGCCUGGGAGGCGACUACAAUGGCGGUGGGUGUCACCCUGGCACAGGGGCUUUAGAGGUUGCAGACCGAAGUUUAGGUAAUAGAAAGUUGGCGGUUUCGAUUGGGCUUUUGAUGUUGAGGAUGAUGGUGUGGUGACGAAGUAGGUGACGUGGCCGUCGACGGGGAGGUCUUCCACGAGAGUCGUGGUUGAUGGGUCGUCGGCGUGGAGGAUUGAAAUUCUGGAAGCGGUAAAUGGACGGGGUGAAACUGUGGAGUAGAAGUUGGGAGUUGGGCUGGAUUGAAAGUGAUAAAAGAAUUGGGCUGAGUUAGUAUUUACUGGGCUUGAAGAUUUGUUGUAAUUGGGUUGGAUAGUUUGGGCUUUUUUAUGUAGGGAAGUAUUUGGGUUAUAUGGGCUUUUGGUGUUAAUGGGUUGGUAAUAAUUGGUCUUGCUCGGAUAUUGUAUAUUAUGGGCUGGGGUUUGCUGUUGUGAUGGGCAAUUUUGGAUGGAAUAUAUGGAUUAAGGUUUGUUGGAAGCAGCAGUAAAGGAGCAAUAACGUAAAAGAAUUAUUAUUAUUUUUUAACCGAUGAAAAUACUAAAAUUGAACAUUUUUUCUUCGGGUGAACAGUACUCGUGAACAAUUACUUUUUUUUUCUACAAAGAAAGAAAACUGAAAGAAUGAAAACUGCUGUUCUUACGCUAAAUCUUUUUCAAUUGUGCUAUUCCAACAAUUUUUGGAAAGGAAAUUGGAAGAGAUUUUGAAUCGUAGGAGAGAAAUUAUCCAAGAUUCGGCUUUGAUACCAAAUUUGAUGCAGGACAAAAUAAG